CGGCCCCGGAAGCGGAAGCGCGGAGGGGCCGGAGCCGGCGGCGGGCAGAUGGCGGAGUGCGGGCCCCAGCCCCCCGGGGGUGGGAGCGGGGCUGCGGGGGCGCCGAGCCGGCAUGAGAAGAGCCUGGGGCUGCUGACCACCAAGUUCGUGUCGCUGCUGCAGGAGGCCAAGGACGGCGUGCUCGACCUUAAGCUGGCUGCAGAUACCUUGGCUGUGCGACAGAAGCGACGGAUCUACGAUAUCACAAAUGUCCUGGAAGGCAUCGGGUUGAUCGAGAAGAAAUCCAAGAACAGCAUCCAAUGGAAAGGGGUGGGUCCUGGCUGCAACACGCGUGAAAUAGCUCACAAACUUAUCGAGCUGAAGGCAGACAUAGAGGACCUGGAGCAGCGGGAACAGGAACUGGAGCAGCAGAAGAUGUGGGUUCAGCAGAGCAUCAAAAACGUUACAGAAGAUGUGCAGAACAGUCGAUUAGCGUAUGUGACACAUGAAGAUAUCUGCAAGUGCUUCACAGGAGACACCCUCCUUGCUAUUCGAGCCCCAUCAGGCACCCGUUUGGAGGUUCCCAUCCCUGAGGGCCUAAAUGGACAGAAGAAGUAUCAGAUCCAUCUGAAGAGCACAAGUGGUCCCAUUGAUGUUCUCUUAGUAAACAAAGAUGCUUGGAGCUCUCCUCCUGUCGUACUACCUGUCCCUCCCCCUGAAGACCUCAUUCAGUGCCAGGCAGUUGCACCCUCAAAACCGCCGAUACCACCGCUCACACACUUCCAGGAGGCAUCCGUUCCCAGCAGCACCCAGCCCUCUACACCGACACCUACCAGCACUCAGGACCAUAGCCCUCCCGCGCAGAAAGUCACAAGCACAGAAUGCGGUGUCGCAGCGGCAGAGUCCAAGAGCAGUGGCAACUUUGACCCCCUCGGCAAUGCGUCCGCAUCGGCCAGCCAGCCAGCCGGGUUAGAUACACAGCCACUGCAGUCCUCUGCCUCGCUGGACAGCAGCUCCGUCCUACCCAGCCCCUCUACCUCCUUUGAGCCGAUCAAGCCCGACCCCACAGGAAUACUGGAACUUCCCAAAGAGCUGUCAGAGAUGUUUGAUCCAACGAGAGAAUGUAUGAACUCCGAGCUGCUGGAAGAGCUGAUGUCAUCUGAAGUGUUUGCUCCAUUGCUCCGCCUCUCCCCUCCACCUGGAGAUCAUGACUACAUCUAUAACCUGGAUGAGAGUGAAGGCGUCUGUGACCUCUUUGACGUGCCUGUCCUCAACCUCUGACUUCUCAGUGCGGCUGUGAGCCUUGCAAACACAGACCGUUUUGUAACUCUUUGGAAAGUGUCUAUUUUUGGAUUCCUUUUGUGCUAGAGCUCGAUGAGUGAGCGAUUCAGAGAUGCUCUCGUAUGGACUCAGAACCAAGAGAUGUGGACUUGCAGGCCGGGAGCCUCCCUGUAGCUGCUUCCUCUUCCUCUGUUGCACGUGCAAGGUGCAUGUGCAACUUGCUCCGCCGUAUCUCUCUCUCCACUGGAUCCUGGGCCUCACUUCAAAGGGUCUGUGUUUUGAGUGUUCCCAGUUCACCUGUAGAGUUUGCCCAUGUGCCUCUCCGAGCUUCCUCAAAUCUGCAUGCCUUGGUUUUUCCUGCACUCCUAGAGGCACUUUGCACCUCCUAGGUACCAGCUGCUACAAGGAGCCCUAAUAUCGUGGUCAGUUCACAAGCCCGGAGGUAGUUAGCUAGAUUUCUCAAUGUGAGCAGUUCAGAUUGGGGUGGUUAUAUUUCUGAAUGACAACGACAGGGGAAGAGGGUGGAAAGGUACCAAAGUGUCCAUUUCUUCCAGUGACUCAAGACCAAGCUAGUAUGUUUUGCAAGAAAAAGCACUUUUUUUAGCCAGCUGUGCCUCCUAGUGGGACUCAGGAGUUGAGCAUUCCUAGUAGGACCCAGGAGCUGAGUCUUUCCCUGCUUGUGCAUCAGCAGGAAUGCUGGUUGUGUGUUCAGCAGUCUGCUGAUGCAUGAGCCCAGGGGCUCUGGCUCUUUGUACAGCAGCUGUGCUGUUUCUACAGGGCUAAAGAAGAGGUGCCAGUAUGUUGGGUUUUUUUAUUUUAUUUUUUUAUUUGUUUUUGCCUGAGUGAAGAGAUGUUUGAAAGGGUAAGACUGCUCAAGCUGGUGCCUGUAAGGUACUCCAGGUACAUCAGAGCCUGCUCAUAUUUGCAAAUAGCUGUCUUCUCCAACCAUUGCACUUGAGCUUUCAACUGUCUAAAAGGCGACCAAGCAGUAACAAUUCAGUAGUACUGUGCUGUGACAAGUUAUGUAGGUGUUGUCAAAAUAGUGCUUACCCCCCCCCCCUUUUUUUUGUCUCAGCAUCUGCUCAGGAUCAGGCUUUCUGUAUAUUUGAAUUUGCUCCUCUAGUAUCCAUACCCACACUCCCAAUUCCUGAUCCUGUGGCAGGUUGCUACCCAGUGUGAUGCUUUCUCUGCAUCAUUUUUCUGCAAGAUUUUCUUCAUUGCUUUUUUCGUACCUUCUUCCAUUGUAAUGGAAAGUCUGCUGUUGGGUUUGUUACGAUGAUCAGGUGGUACCAGUCUUGGAUCCUUGUGCAGUUUAGUUGGAGUAAAAUGCCCUGAUGGAUCUGUGUUGUAUUUUGCAAGCCCCGACUUUGGUUUUCGGUCAGAUCCUGUAUUGGAGUGUCUUCAGUUUUGCACGUCUUCCUGCUGAUGUGGUAGUAGCAGCUGUCCUGCCUUUCCUGCUCUGCAAACUACCGAAGAGAGCGCCAGGCCAGGAGUGUGGCUGGCCAUUGCAGACAGGUAGCUUGCAGCCAGCCAUGUAACCAGUUGAUGUUUAACUUCUCCGCUUAGCUGCUCACCGCCUGUGAACCACACAGCCAGCUGGAGCACCAGGAAUAUGGGAUGUAAAGUCUUCAAUUGUUGGAGCCCGCAGAAGUGAGGAGAGUAUAUGCUUGGGAUGUGGAUCCCUGAGGUGGCUCCUUGGGCCAUCCUGUUCUGUGUGGGACUCCUCGAGAAGAGCCAUCCCUCUCUGCAGCCCUGAAGCACCGGCGUCCUCUUUGGGAAAAGCCUGAAGAAUUCAGGAGGAACAACGGGACGGUCUCCAGUGUGGCAGCGGGCAGCUGCUGCCGGCGAGACAGCGGUGCCGUGGGACCCUGCAGGGGGGUGAACUUCCAGCCCGCAUGCAGCUAGUCCACGAACCUUCCCUCCUCAGCAAGGAAGCUGACCGACAUCCCUCGGUCCUGCGCGCGCGUUAGGCUCCGUGGCUUUGGUGUAGCUCGAGCUCUCCGUGUACUGCCUGGCCCUCGCCCUCCUCCCGAGUGUUCAUGUUUGCCACCACCAGUUAGACGACCUUUGGAAAAGGACACCUAGAGAAAAAUUUACAGUCGCGAAUGAACUUUUGAUUCAUAUAUAAAGAUUAUUUUUAUACUUUUUUUGCAAGGAAAGAAAAAAAU